AUGGGGAAUCAGUGCUGCGCGGGCCGUGACAAUGCGUACAAACGGAAGGCCCAGGAGAACGAAUAUGCGAACCGGGGCUCUUUCCGGCAUAUGCUGUCGUUCGGAGCAGUUGGCGACGAUGUCGUGCGCUUUGAUCGGGCGUACGACAACAACGAUAUUGCAGAGUUCGUCAGACUCUGCAGUUCCACGUGCGAGAUCGAGAAGCUAGAGGAGCGCAUGCACCCGUGGGCUGCAGACCCGGAGACCAUCGGCGCCCUCGCUGCGACGCAGCUGGCCAUCUUCUCGUCUCGGGAGCAGGAGCCGCAUAUGAAAGACGAAAUCCGAGAAGCUGGCGGAAUUGAAGCGCUCGUCAAAUUGCUGGCAUCCAAAGAGCUAGAUCGGAAGCAUGCGGCUGUUGUAGCCCUUUCCUUUCUCUCCGUUGACAAUGUUGAGAACUGCAUCGCCAUGUACAACGCGGGAGCUCUGCCGUACCUGAUUCAAGGCAUGAAAGGCGACAUUGAAGGCAUGCGGGCUGCGUGCGCUCAAACCGCUCGAAAUAUUUACGUCCUCGACGUCAAAUAUCGCCGCGAAUUCAUGAAAAAUGGAGGUGUGACGCAGCUGGUCCGAUUCCUUGACAUAAACCCGGAGGCAACGAACGUUUACACGCAGUUGGAAGCGAUCUACCAUCUGGAAGACUUAAUUGGAGAUGAGAACGACGAGAUCCCCGAGUUUGUUCAAGCAGUCAAGGCUGCAGGUGCAAUCCCCAAAUUGAAGAAGCUGCAAGACUGUAAAGACCAAGACGUUGCCGACGCCGCGAAUCUCCUUUUGGUUCGACUAUCGGAAUGA